AUGUAUGUGGGUCCGGGUCGGUGUGCUGUGCUUGUGCUUGUGCUUCCUUACCUGCUGCACUCUCGGCGCAUUGUUCGAUUGCGACCAGCUUUCUUACGAGCAGAGUGA